ACACACACACACGCCUUCUCAAAUACAUAACCACGAAUACACGCGCUCGCGCGCACAUACGCACGCACGCGCACGCUCUGUGACACAUCCCUCCAGUUCCCAACUGCGCUGCCUUCACAGGCGUCCCCGCCGACUCUCUCUGCGUAGCGCCGGCUGCGCCAAGAUGAGCGUGGUCUCCUCGGUACCAUCCGAACGGUACCAGCACGUCGCCUGACCGAGCCGGAGCCACACCGAGGCGCAGAGGGAGAGGGAGGAACACCGACUCUCCUCUGUUAAAAAAAAAAAAAAAAAAAAGAGAGAAAAAAAGGAGAAAACCUAAAGGACACCGCGAGGCGCAACGCGUUUGUUGUUUCGGCAUCCUUCCUCACCCCCUCCUCCUCUUCCUCCGCUCCUCUCCUUCCCGCAGCCUCCGUUGUUACCGGUCAGUCGGUGUGAAGGUGAAGGAGAAACCCGGGGAUCCCGGCCCCGCGUUUUGGUGGAAUAACAUCUGUUUUUUUUUUUUUGUUUGUUUGUUCUUUUUUGACAGGGGGGGGAGAGAAGGAUAUUUUUUGUCCCCCCCUUUUUUUCUUUUUUUUUUCUCCCGCUGGGUGUUGGGAGCGAGCGCGCAGCUGCUGUGCGCCCGUUCAGAUUCCCCCCCGAAUGGUGGAUUUGGCAAACAUGGAGACAGUGGAGAAGGAAUGCGGGGCCCUCGGGGGUCUAUUCCAGGCGAUAGUGAACGACAUGAAGUGCUCCUAUCCUGUGUGGGAGGACUUCAGUGCCAAGGCCACCAAGCUGCAUUCCCAGCUCCGAACCACUGUUCUGGCUGCUGUGUCCUUCCUGGAUGCCUUUCAGAAAGUGGCAGACAUGGCUACCAACACUAGAGGGGCGACCAGAGACAUCGGUUCAGCUCUUACCAGGAUGUGCAUGAGACAUCGCAGCAUCGAAGCCAAACUUCGCCAGUUCACGAAUGCUCUGAUGGAGAGUCUGAUCACUCCUCUCCAGGAUAAGAUUGAAGACUGGAAGAAGACCGCCAACCAGCUGGAUAAGGACCAUGCCAAAGAGUACAAGAGGUCACGCCACGAGAUCAAGAAGAAGUCAUCGGACACCAUCAAGUUGCAGAAGAAGGCUCGUAAAGAGAUGCAGGGGCGAGGCGACCUGCAGCCGCAGCUGGACAGCGCCAUGCAGGAUGUGACCGACAUGUGUCUGCUGAUGGAGGAGACGGAGAAGCAGGCGGUGCGCCGCGCCCUGGUGGAGGAGAGGGGACGCUUCUGCACCUUCAUCGGCUUCCUUCAGCCUGUGGUGAACGGAGAGAUCGCCAUGCUGGGAGAGAUCACCCACCUCCAGGCCAUCAUCGACGACCUCACCGUGCUGACCACCGACCCCCACAAACUGCCCCCUGCCAGCGAACAGGUGAUCAAGGAUCUGAAGGGCUCCGAUUACAGCUGGUCCUACCAGACCCCCCCGUCGUCCCCGAGCAGCUCUGGCUCACGCAAGAGCAGCAUGUGCAGCAGCGUCAACAGCGCCCACAGCAGCGCCUCCCGUUCGUCGGGGGGAGGUGCAGGUGUGGGUAGUGGUGGAGGAGGGUCCCAGCCACACUCACCUUCCUCCUCCUCCUCCUAUCGCUACCGCAGCAGCAUGCCUCAACAGCCUCCACCACCAGGGGGCAUUGCAGCCCACCGCCUCAGCAGUGUUUCCUCCCACGAUUCGGGCUUUGUGUCCCAAGAUGCAAACAUCUAUUCCAAGCCUCCCUCGCCAAUGCCCUCGGACAUCACCAGUCAGAAAUCCUCCAGCUCUGCAUCAUCAGAGGCUUCAGAAACAUGCCAGUCAGUCAGUGAAUGCAGCUCCCCCACCACUGACUGGUCCAAAGCAGGUCAGUACGAGCAGCCCGCGGCCGCCGCUCCGGUCCAGAGGAGAAAGGAGCCAGUGGAUAGGCUGAGAGAGAGCGAGGGCUCGCCGGGUUCCCAGGGAUACGCGGCAGCGUCACACCCAGAAGAGGGCCAGAGACCCCGGAUGACACCUGCUAGCAUCGCUGCCAAGCACGGCGAGGAGGUUUCCCCGGCAGCCAGUGACCUGGCCAUGGUGCUGACCCGGGGCCUGAGCGUGGAGCAGCAGAAGAGCAGCCGCGACUCCCUGCAGUACUCCAGCGGCUACAGCACGGAGACCACAACCCCGUCCUGCUCCGAGGACACCAUCCCUUCACAAGGUUCAGAUUACGACUGCUACUCUGUAAACGGAGACACCGAAGGCCCGGAUGGACAAGCAGAGUUUGACAAGUCUUCUACAAUUCCUCGCCAUUCCAACAUUGCCCAGAACUACAGGCGCAUGAUCCAGACCAAAAGGCCAGCCAGUACAGCUGGUCUGCCCAGUGGGGUCCUUGGUCCAGGAGUUCAUGGGAUACCAGGACAGCCAGGUGGCGCUGGUGGAGGAGGAGGAUCAGGGACUCCUGGCACCGCUACUAUCCGUCGAACCCCAUCAACCAAACCAGGGGUGCGGCGUACACUGUCCAGUGCAGGGCCCAUCCCUAUCCGACCACCCAUUGUGCCUGUCAAAACACCCACUGUUCCCGCAGACUCACAUUCACCUGGUGCAAGUGGCUACGCGGGGGGAGGGCAAGCAGGCAGCGUCCCCGUCAGAGUGGGAAGUGAAGAGUGUGUGUUCUUCACCGGGGCCGAGGAUGGCCAAGGAGGGCUCGAUUAUGUGAAGGCAUCACCCAAGCGCCUCAGCCUGCCCAACACCGCCUGGGGCUCCGGGGCAGCACUGGAGGUCUAUGCCCAGCAGCACUGCAUGGCGUCGGGCUCAGCAGCCGGAUCAGAGGAGGAGCAGAUGAUCGCGGCCAACCGACACAGCUUGGUGGAGAAGAUCGGCGAGUUGGUAGCGAGCGCACACGCCCUCGGUGAGGGUCAGUUCCCUUUCCCCGCUCUCCCAGAUGACCCGACCCCAACGCCAGGUGGCCCGAGCGAAACUCAGACGGAAGGGGCCGAGGGGUCCGGCGACAUGCUGACCACGAUCAGGAGAGGAGUUCGCCUUCGCAAAACGGUCUCCAACGACCGCUCAGCUCCCCGUAUAUUGUGAUCAGCGGAGAAAUGCGAAGGGUUGUCAGUCGAUAGGUCAGAUGUUGGUGUGGUAGUACCCAACCACCUAGUGAGUACACAAAAACAUAACCAUAACAUAACAGAGGAUGAAUAAAAACGAAAAAGAAAAUCCAUACAGAAAAUGUUUAAAGACACCUUUAGAGUAAAUGAUAUACAGUCUAAUAUAACGAUAACAUAAGUAAUUAUAACCGAUGCUGACGAGUACAAGUGAAAUACUUCAUGUUGACCUAGCAGGCCGCUAUAACUAUUGUGUGUUGAACGCAUGUUUGUCUUCUAUACACCGUCAGACAGGGACGGAGAGACUCAUAGGAAAAGUGAUUUUGAAAAUAAAUGGAGGCAAAGAAAGAAGAGCGCUGGGUUCUGUUCUGUUUGCCACCGAACCCGUCUCCCUGUCCUGUUGUUCGACUAACCCAGCUGACCGAUCCAACUUGAAAGACUGACGGAAGGGGGCUGCUGAGGACCAGAGAGAGACAGAGAGGUGGGGGACUCAGAUCGCCUCGCGAUCAACUGAAGUCAGGUCGUCUAGGCAACGACGCGCUGUGCCAAAAAGGCCAUCGAACUGCUUGGCACGAGUACGGGGAGCUAACAAACCAGAGGGCCACUCUGGUUCACGCUGAUGUAAAAAAAAAAAAAAAACGGUGUUGGCAUUGAGCCGUACUUGUUGCCCCUUCCCCUCUCUCUCUCUCUCUCUCUCUCUCUCUCUCUCUCUCUGCGUACAUUCGUAUGCAUCUCGGAAAAUGUAAAAUGGAGCGCGUGGGUAUAUGUGGUUGAUUGUGUGUGUGUGUGUGUGAGAGAGGGGAUGGGUAGAGCUCUGCUGCGGGACAGCCGGUUACCCAACGAGGGCAGGGCUUUUUUCUUUAUUCUUUUCUUUUUCUGCUGUGUCGUGUGCGUAUUUUCUCGUUUAUAUCGUGACGUCGUUUACCUUGUUACCACUGUACGGGAAGUUCCGAGACCUAUUCCAGGCCUAUAGAUAUAUUCAUAUAUAUUUUCUAGAAGCAGAGAGAAAAAAAAAUAACAAAAACAAACAAAAAAAACGUGAAAUCAGAAAUGGAGCAAUAAAUGUGUUUUAUUUUCUCGUUUCGAGGAAGCGGUUGGAUUCGGAGGAUUGCAGAUUCUCCUUUGUCCCAUUCAGGCAAUCAUCAGGAAUGCUAAAUUACACAUCGACUGUGAAUUCAUGGGUUUUUCAUGCGCCUCUCUCUCUCUUUCUCUCUCUCUCUGUCCCAGUUUCUUUCUAUUAAAUGAAGUGGAUUGCAACAAAUUUGAAAACAGAAAAACUGUAAGCACUUUGACGAGAGUAGAGUCUGUAUAAUAGCCAGUAGAUGUUGCUGUAGUCAUGCCGUAUGUGUGGAAGGGUGCUGGAGGGGGAAGAGGAGUGAAAGCAGCGACUGAGUCCAUGGAGAUGAUUUAAUACGUUAAAGUAGAAGAAGGCAGUGAGAGGUAAAGAGGAUGUGAAGAAGACCGCUAGCACUGGAGUGAUUGGUUAAAUGAGAAAAUGUAUGAAUAUUUUCUGAAGAUGGAUCAGGUUUUAAGGCGGGAUGGGAAUGACAUUGAAGAGUUUGCCUGAACGAGUAUUUUAAGGGUUGAAGACAUACUGGGGGGAAAAAAUACAAUGUUUUGCUGAGUGAGAUGAUUUUUUUAAAAAUAUGUUUUAGGCCUAAAACAUCCAUAUGAGAUUCUUUUUUUAAUCAGUUUAGUUUUUUUUUGUCUUUUACCUUAAAACUAGAUGUAAAUCUGGCGACUUUUAAAAUAGAAAAAUACCUUCCGAAACUGUAAAGCACAUCGAGUGGAACAGUUAAAGCACCAUCUCAGGAAAGGCACGUCACUUUAUGUUUUUCAUUUGAGUGCGAGUAAAAAGAAAUGGCCAAACGUGAUUGUAAUUGGGUGGAAAUAAAACCUGAAAGAAGUUAAACAAGAGAGACGUUCAAAAUUCAGUUGAUCUCAUAUUGACACCAUAGAGAGGCUGACCUGACCUCUAAAAUUCCCACGGUUUUCCAUGAGCUCGCAAACACAACACAAAAAUAUCAGCUCAUUUGUGAGAAACUGUAUAUAUAUUUUUUAAUAGUGGAUGAAACACUUUGAACCAGCGCUAUCUUAAAACAGAACCUGGGCCACUUACGUUCCUCGAUGCUGAACACUGCAGUGUAAUUACAAGUAACUGUUAAAAACACCGUAGUUCUGUCUGAAGUAAGAACGAGCCUCUAAUUAUUCACACCCUUGGCAGAUUCAGAUUUCACAUUAGUUCCACUCAACCAAAGAGUUUGUUUCUGAUAGAAAGUUAGACAGAAAUGUCUCAAAAGAUGACAGUUUUGAAUAAUUAAAUAUUUUUUAAUUUUAUAUAUAUAAAAAAAAGUGGUAUGAUUGCCAUGUAGAAAGAUAUUUGACGUGGACACUGUUAUAAACACCAAGGCAUCAAAUGUUUAUGGUUUUAUUCUCUCUUCUCAACAUGUUAGCUCUGCUGUCAUUUGUUAGUAGGUACUUUGGGACAGCUACUGUACAUCACCAAUUACUGUAGAUGCAAAAGCAAUCUUUUAAAAUUAACUUUUGUUCUCACUGGAAGUAAUAUUAACAUUUUAUUAUGGCCCUGCCAGAGUCUCAACUUGAAUCUGAUAGAUCUUCUGUGGAGGGAGCAAAAGAUUAGGGUGAUGGUAAAGAGGCCUUCCAAUAUCAAACACUUGAAUCUCAUUUCCAAAGAUAAAUGUUUAAUGUACAAUUGGAAGCGUGAAAAAAGCUGGCCAGAAGUCUUUGAAUGGUCGGACUGCUGUAUUUUUAAUAUCUUUUUUUUCCCCCACUGGCAAUUAAUAAGGGUAUGAAUAAUUUUUACUAUGCCAUUUUUCAAUAAAACAAAUAAAAAGAGAUUAGUUAUUCAAAAAUGGUACAUUUUUCACAUUGUUUUAUCUUUUCAGACUCCUGUAAACAAUGGUAGGCACACUUACGCUAAUGCGCUAAUAACAGAGCAAUUUCUUUUUGUUUGUUUAGCACUACAGCUAACUUUAAAAACAUUUAUUGCGUUUAGUUCCCCCAAGUAGUUUUUUAGAGUAGUAGUCUGUCAAAGGCCGAUGUCAUUUGAAUUGAAGUUAGCACGUUAGCAUUAGCCUCUGCUACCAUGUUGGUGUAGCGCUGUAGUGGUAGCGAAACUGCAGUUUAUGAUUAGCGUGUAGGGUUAGCGUUCCUAGCUUUUUAGCUAGCCAUGCUCACAACUGUCUUACAUUUCUUAUAAGAAGAAAACUUUUGAUUAAAUAAAAAAAAAGAGAUCUAAAUUAAACAAGGGUGUGAAUACUUGUGGGGUCAACUGUAAUGAAUGAGCCUUUUGUCAAAGUUAAAGAAUUGAAAAAAAUUAUUUACUUUGCUAUUUUUUUAUAAUUAAGAGUGCAAGAAAGUUGGCCAAAAUAUGUUCCAGAUGAGAUAUGAGGAAGCGUUGGCAUUGAGGUCCUCUCAUAGAAAUUCUCAGUGCUCAAUGGAAAAGAACAAACGUAAAGAAAGAAAACAAGCAAAGAAACAAGGCGCCCAGCACAGUUCAGCUUAGUUUUGUGCCAAUCCUUAGGUUAAGCUCAGGACAAAACAUUAUGUUAUUAUGUAAGGUUGAUCUUGUAGAUUUGAGAAUAGGUGGAGCCUGUUUGGGAGGAUACGGUCGAGUCUUUUAAAGUUGACAGGAAGAGGGAACGAUGUGUGGAAUGAGCAUUUCACUGCCUGUUCAUACGAUACGUAUGUAACUGUAUGUGCUGUACUUCUAAAAGAGAAUCCGGUGCACAGAUCUGGUGUAAAGGGAUGUUAGAAAAUAUCUCAUUUGUUUACUUUAAAAAAAAAUGAUUUGCUUUUGCCUUCUACUGUUACUGUUGGAAUACUAGACCUUGCUUUAAUUAUUGUAAAAAUAGGAGGCGAAAAGUCCAGCUGUAACACAAACUAACUGAGCUGUGUGACAUAUGGAUGUAAGGCGCCGAGACUGAGUGUGUGUUUGGAUGUGUCCUUGGCUGGCUGUCGAUCUCUAGGCUAAUAAACUUUUCAUCACCAUGUCUGUACAUGUCUCCAGCAGUGAUCUGAACAUAAGCAUUAAUAUGAGCACUCAUUUAUUUUUUUAUCCUACGCAUUCAUUAGGUUCCUUUGCGUUUUGGAAAUUAACAGCAAAUAAUGCUUCCAGGAGGGUUUUCUCCCUAUUGCUUUAAUUUUAAUGUCUUUGUCACAGUAUGAGUGUUUUUAUCCCACUUUGCUGCUCUGAGGCAACUAAAUGAGAGAAUGAAGGCAAGAGCAGGUUGAUUCCGUUUACACAAAAUAUGUCAUUUUAGGCAAAAAUAUGUUGGUUUUUUUCUGUCUUUAGAUGAUCUGUUGCUACACAUCUGGAUGCGUAUGAUGGAUGUACUGCAGAGAUAAAGGCCACAUCAGUCCCAGAGCUUCAGAGUUAAACUUCAAUAAGUGCCCAGUGGAAAUCAGAGGCCAGCAAUUUAAGUUCCGUCUACCUGAAUUUCCAUUUACUAUGGUGUUUCACUGUGGGUUUGAUCCAUUAAAACACCUCACCAUAAUUAUCAUUACCCUCUUAAAGUUCUUCCACAGAGUGUAGUUUGGAUUUGAACAUUUCUUAAAGCUCCUGCAAUGUCUGCUAAAUGUUUCCACCUGUCGUUCUUUGAGGGGUUAUUUUUUAAAACCAUUUGGGGGGGGAAAUAAUCCACAUAAAAAAAUAAUGUGAUACAUCAUUUAUUAGCUUUUUAUGAACUUACAAAUAACUCAUUCGCAAAACUGUUUUGAUUUUGUUAUUUUUCACAAGGACCUGGUUUAACAAGAGGAGCACUCACUUUCCCCCUGAAAUACUAAAUGAGGCGAGGUGACCUAAUUUUACAGCUAAUUGACAAAUUAGUGCUCUAAAUAAUCUGAAAAAUAAAAUUUAAAGUAGAGCUGAGUGCACACAGCCUGGAUUCAUUAGGCUGUGUGCCAUGUUUAACUAAAUGGCUAAACAGCCCUUUAGUUUAGCCCAGACAAGAAGCAGGCGUUGUUAGUUGCUAAUGGUUACCCAGUGUUGGUAUUCUUGCAGCGCUAGCAAAACAUUUGUAUAUUGUCCGUGAAGGAGGAAUAAACAACUUCAAUUCCAAUUAAAAGUACUAACAUGUUUCAGAAGAAACUGAUGCCACUUCAUAGUCGAUUUAGCUCUCAGAAUAAUAGUUUCAGAAAACAUAAAAACACAAUGAACGUUCAGUAGACUAGUGGGAUGGAGCAAGCUAGCCUAACUUCACGCAGCUGCGCCACAUCUGGCACAACAGGGAGGUUCCAGCUUGGGACGCUUCCAUUAUUAGAUUGGAAAUGUUUAAUUAUUGUUUUCCUGAUCCAAUGAGUGUAAAAAAAAUUGAGCAGGGGAUUUACCAACUACUGGCUAAAGAUUUCUUGACUUGUUAAAGCUUGUUUGGGGCUUUUGUCUUUCCCUUGUGGCUAAUUUAUGCCUCUUUUUUUUCCUCACCCCAUCAGAUUUUGCUCGCAGGCCGACUUAAUCUGUCACUUUCUCUCUAGUGUUUCUUUUUCUUUGAAUUAUCCAAAAUGCUGUCAGGAAUUAUUUAAAAGUAGUGCAGUGGGCUGGUCAACCCAAACAGCUGUGCCCCCCCCCCCCCCCCCCCCCCC